GUUACCGGUCACUCCCCCCAAUAUGUUCUUUCUUCCUCUUUCAGUUCUAAUCGCAAUCAAAAUAUUUCUUCCUUUCUUCUUCCUUCUCUGAGGUUCUUCAUCGGUGAAAACGAAGCAAACUCUGUGGUUUGAAUUCUGAUUAGCCUCUCAGACGGUAAAUUCUCCAAUUGUCGCAUCAAAUUGUUGGAUAAGCACAUAAUUUUGCUCCCUUUUUUCAUCCCCAUCUUGCAAUCAGAAAGUGGUCUUUGUUUCUUUCAGAGUUUAUUGCAAUUUCGUUCCAGUAGGCCGGCAAUAUAGAAAAAAAUUGGCUUCGAUUUCCACUUUCCGUUUGAAUCUUUUUGGAAAAAGCUGAAUCUACCAAAGGUGAGUUUAUAAUUAUGCUCUAAGCUCUUUGAUUUUUCCGUUUUCCUUUGGUUUUCUCCUCUUCCCUUCUGAGCGGUGAAUGGAAACCGUUUAUGCAUAUAAAAUAUUUGAUUGUUUUCCUCAAAGAUUGUAACCAACACCUUCGUAUUGGAAAACAAGAAUAUCGACAAUUAUUGCUUUUGCUGCGAGAAGAAAUUAGAUGUUGGUUUUUCAUUACUUUGUUUUUCUCUUUUGAAUUUAGUUAGAUUCUUCUCAACCGAUUAUUUAGGUUAGCUUAAAUUGAAGUGAAAGAUUAAACUAGUUGUGUUCUGUGUGGAUCAGAAAAGUAAAGCAACGAAACUAACUUGUUAAGGAGUUGGGAUACAUUAAUUCUGUUUUAUUUCUUUGCAUAUAAGGGUUUAUGAAAUGGAAGUGAUAAAUUGAACCCAGGGAUUAGGAAAUAGAGUUGUGCUUAGGAAUUUAUUCUAUUUGUGAUUUGAAUGUUUUCAUGUAUACAAAAAAUUCGGUUUGUUUGCUAAAUCUAAACUCAUACGUUAAAACUCAAUUUGUUAAUAUGAAAAACUAUGAGAGAUAUUUUCCUUCAUUGUUAAGGUUGAGGCAGUAUAUAGUGUAGACGUGCACUGGAGGAAGAAAUCUCAUAGAUUCAUAAAAUUGUAAUUGUUUGGAUUCUAGAUCAUGUGUUUGUUUUUAUCCGGUGAGUUGUGCCCAUUGCGCAGGUCCGAAUACUAAACAUGUUUUUACACUAUUAUUAUCAUACGAAUUAUUAUGAGGACUUAAAUUUGAAUUCCAACUGCAAUCUAUAUGGGCAAAAAAAUCAAUACCAAGGUCCUGGUUACAUUCUUUAGGGAAAACAAUCAAACAUUAGAUGAACGUUAUAUCCUUCUUUGCAAAAAUCUUGCAAGCUCUCUGUGGUUAUUGCACCUUCAUGAUAGCUUAAAUUUUUCCAUUUACAGAGUUAUCAUUAGGUUUUCUCUGCUUCAGAUUUGAAUCACUUUUAGUAUCCCAUUGACACGCCGCAUGAAAUAGAAACAAGUACUUGCUGGUUUCUUAAUGUUGAAUUCUGCUUUAAUGAAGAACCAAAUAGCAUAUGCAAUAUAGAGUAUAAGUUCCAUGAACAUAAAAAUCUUUGCUUUGAUCUUUUAAUAUUCUUGCAACUUUAACAGAAGAUGGAAGUAGAAUCACUCGUCAACAGUGGAAGUGUAAUUUUGGAUCAGAGAGGGAUGAAGGAAGGAUAAAACCAUUUCCUGUUCUCUUUAUAAAUGGUUAUGCAUAUGAAAGUUACUGCUUGCCAACUGAAAAGACAGAUUUGAUCAGAACUUUUCUGCAAGAGGGGGAUGAAACUUGGCUACUACAAUCAAGAUUGCAUCCAUUAGCUUCUUCGAAAUAUGCAUCCAUGAAGGCAUUGGAAGAUUUGAUGUGCCUGCAGCAAUCAACAAAAUUGUUGAGCUUAAUGGGACGUCGACUAAGGUACAUGUUGUUGCGCAUUGUGUUGGAAAUCUAGCAAUGCACAUUGCACUGAUGGAAGGACACAUCUCGGGCUAUAUAGUAGACACAAAUGGAAACAAUACUUACUUGAUUCAUCCAGAAAGAAUGGCACUUCCUACGCUGUAUUUGUCGGGCGGACGCACUCUUCUUCUGAUUCCUCAAACUUCUAUCCAGGCUAACAGUUCACAAGGCUACACCAGCCAGGAUUUAGGCAUGAAAGAAUGGUGGUUAACAGGUUUGGGCACUCGGAUCUGUGAAGACUCAUCCAAUGAAGUUUUCCCCCCACAUUUUAUCGCAUGUUGCAUUGGCAGAAAAAGAAAAUACAGCUUUAUAAUGUUCGAAAUUGUUUUACACGAUAAGUGGACAAAUUACAUCAUGAAUCUGUCUCUUCCUCUCUCUCCCUCUUGGAAUAUUAAUCCGUCCGUGAAAUCGAUAGUAUAAUGUGAAGUUGUUUCCCAACCCUUUUUGUUUGAAGAAUUUCAUUUGUACUACUCAAUCCUCAAUACUGAGUACAAAAUUUUCCUGCUUGGCCUCAAAAGUAAAAAAGAAGGAUCGAAUCGCUUCAUGCCCGAAUGGAAAUGUCAGAAAGGAAUUCUUCAAGGUUGAUAAUCAAUAAGUAACCAGAUCUGUCGUUGAUCCUAAUUAAUUGUUAGUUAGUCGUACUUUAUAUUAACAAUAAAUUUUGAGAAAAAUACUGGGCUACCACUCCCCUUUUGCUGCACAACGUGCAACCCCUUCCC